AUGGAAGAUGGUGCAAAGGAAUUCAAUGUACCUGCAUUCAGAGAAAAUCGGAAAUUGGUCGCGUCAGAGAAUGGUGGUUUGCAUAACCCUUCUGUUCUACUCUUUAAAUCGUCAUGGAGCAGUGACAGCAUGACAAGUGAGACUAGAAGUUUCAAGUACCCUCGUGCGCCUUCUGUACAUCGUCCAACUAAUGAUGAAGAUAUUGCAUUUAUGUCGGUAAUCGAGCUCGGAGAGCUUAUUAGGACAAAGCAAAUAACAUCAUGUGAACUUACAGAUAUAUUCCUGAGGAGAUUAAAGAGGUACAAUCCUGUUCUGGAAGCUGUUGUUACAUAUACUGAAGAUUUAGCAUACAAACAAUCUAAGGAAGCAGAUGACUUGCUGGCACAAGGAAAAUAUCUUGGUCCUUUGCAUGGCAUUCCAUAUGGCCUCAAAGAUAUAAUUGCAGUACCACACUACAAGACCACUUGGGGCUCAAGGACGUUUAAGAACCAAGUCAUUGGUAGUGAAGCGUACGUGUACAAAAGAUUGAAGUCGGCUGGAGCAGUCCUUGUAGCGAAGCUUGUCACAGGCUCGCUUGCCUAUGAUGAUAUAUGGUUUGGGGGAAGGACACGAAACCCCUGGAACAUCGAGGAAUUCUCUACUGGCUCGUCGGCAGGUCCAGCGGCUAGCACCUCUGCAGGAAUGGUUCCAUUCGCAAUUGGUUCAGAAACUGCAGGAUCCAUAAUAUAUCCAGCUGCUAGAUGCGGAGUAACUGCAUUGCUCCCAACAUUUGGAACAGUUGCACGAACUGAUGUCAUGAGCAUUUCUGAGAGUUUGGACAAGCUGGGACCUUUCUGCAGAAGUGCAGUAGAUUGUGCUAUUGUAUUAGACGCAAUUCGUGGAAAGGAUGCGGGUGAUCCGUCAUCUCGCGAGGUUGCUUUGGGUGAUCCAUUUCAUGUUGACAUCACCAAACUCACUGUUGGCUAUCUUGAUGACGCUGAGAUGGAGCGGGGGUUGGGCUUGAAUGUCCCCGCCCGUGCCCUUGUCACCAUGGGGUGGGGCGCUGGAGCGGCGACCGGGGCUAGUGAUGAAGUAGAAGCCGUGGUCGAUGACGGGGCCCUGUGCGCCGGGGUUGUCGAUGAUGAGGAUGGACCCGGCGACGGUGAUCGUGGCGAGGCGGGCGGAGAGCUGGUGCCACCUUGGUCAUGCGGCGUGGGGGGCGCGCUCUGCAAUCGUGAGGGCGAUGGUGGAGGCGGCGCCGGUGGUGCCUCAUCGGUUGCGCUGAGAUCCGGAUACCAUGGAUCAUAG